GAAACGUAUAGCAUUAGGUUACUCACUCAAGAAAGACCAUUUCUGUAGCCCAAGUUUAAGCAUAAAACACAACAUAAAAUACUCUGAAAUGAUGCAGACUGCGUAAAAAAGGCUAUCUAAACCUCACAAGGCAACCUGAACGGAUGUACCUAAACUUGGGACUGUCACAGUGUAGUCUGAGAUAGAUUGAGUCGUCAGACGUAUCCCUUGCUAUAUCACGCCCCCAUAUCCUAUCUCGAGCGCUUCUCUCCCUGACUAACGAAGUUGGAAGAUGCGUCUUCUUGAUUUAGCAGGAUUUUGCAACAAUUCUGCCGGGACCAAGGCUAUUAUGUAAAAGGAGCCUACUGCAGGAACUGUAGCCUAUCUGCGACCGAACUAAGGCGAGUGUCCAAGGAAGCGUAGCCUGGGUUUAGUGGUAGGUAGUUCUGAAAGGUUGGUCGUUGCAGCUCGUCUUCUGAACACUGUGAUGAGUGCGACAGAGAGGACCUCCGAGAUUUCAUCAACUUAACGGAAUGUUUGGAGGAAGAGAAAUUCAGAUACGGCGGUGAAAACGUCUACAUAUGCUAAAUGCGCCUUCUUAUCGACAGUCCCAGAACAAUGAGCAGUGGUUCUAGCAACUUUCUGCUAGUUCCCAUACCGGAGUAUCCCGUUCUGGACAUUGAUCCUAACAAAAACGUCAAGAUUGUCGUGCUCGGCGCAAGUAACGUGGGGAAAACAGCUUUAAUUGUAAGAUUUCUUACCAAACGGUUCAUCGGAGAUUAUGAAGCAAACACGGGAGCCCUCUAUUCACGAAAAAUCACCUUGGAUGGAGAGCAGGUCUCCCUUCAAGUGCAAGACACUCCAUGUGUCGCUCUCCAGGAUGAUGCUGAGGGUCUGUACUGCCAGGAACAGAUCAACCGAUCAAUCUACUGGGCUGAUGGCUACGUUUUAGCAUUCUCCAUCACAGACCUUAGUAGCUACCGCACCAUACAGCCCCUGUACCAGCACGUGCGGCGCAUCCACCCCAGUGGGAACAUCCCUGUGAUCCUGGUGGGCAAUAAGAGUGACUUACUGCGUGCCCGCCAGGUACCCGCUCACGAGGGCGAGGCACUUGCUACUGAGCUGGGUGGGACAUACUUUGAGACAUCAGCGCGGGAGAACCAUGAGGGUGUCCAUUCGGCAUUUCUGCACCUGUGCCAGGAGGUCAGCCGUGCCCUGGGAGGUGGCAAUGGAGAGAAGAGGAAGGGCGGACUUCACCUGGCCAGGCCAAAGUCUCCCAACAUGCAAGAGCUUAAGAGGCGGUUCCGGCAAGUUCUGUCCUCAAAGGUGAAGUCUGCCACCACUCUAUAAAGGAAUUGGUGUACCUUAAAGACUUGAAACAGAGAUUGAAGCAGAUGUUUCAUCAUCAGAAUAUAGCACAGCUUUGAUUGUCUUUACAGAACAAAUAAGGACCUGUUGUUUUAGACUAACAAAGUGGGAUUGACUGGUCAAAAGUUCUCUUAAAUUUUGUUAUUUCAUUGUCCAUAUUUGUAAGCAUGAUAUCACAUUCAAGUAAUGUGAAAAUUUAAAGAGGUAUUUUUUUGAGAGUGUGUGUCAGGGUGGAAUUUUUCCAUUACUGGUGAAAGAUUUCUCCACCUUGCAAUCGACUAUUCUGUUGCAGUCCCCUGAACAAUAAACAAUUCUGGAUCCAAAAAUAUUUUUAGAAAUGUGUCUUUUAGAAACAACCAAAGCAAACAAUAAAAAAAAGUCACACAUCUUCUUAUGUUCCCAUGUUGGGUACUGUUUCUAGACAUCCGGAAGUUUUAGCCACCUCCCUCUUCCUCCCCUCAAAAAUUACCCUCUGAGAUGAUGUUAUUGGGCCAUGGUUUUCAGACUGUUUCAAAUGUCCUGGGGGCAGAGGCUCUCGACGGGUGCUUCUCAUGACCUCUGACCUUAUUAUGCGACCUCUGGGUUUUUAGGGGGUUCUGCAUUCUCUCAGUCUCUCUCAGCCUGUCCUUCUCCAUCACAAGGAGUGGUGGCGAAAGUCCCUGAUAAGGCCACAUUCCACUGUGGCUCACAACAUGCAUUCCUUGUUGACCAUUUGCUUGUUCACUCCCCCACAUUGAUAUGGUCAUUUUUCUGAAUUUAUGUGGAAAGUCAGACAGUUGAUAUUGAAAAGCACAAGUGUUUGUAAAACUCUUAUUAAGAAAGGAUAGAAGCAAUUCACCCCAGCAAAGCAGCAAACAUGACAUUGUUUCUAUAAUAAUGACAAAAUAAGUUGUUCCUUUUCAAACAUCAGUGUCAGAAAAAAAAACAUAUUGUUCUGUGACCUUAGAUGAAAUAUAAAGCAACAGUCAUGUUUCUCAACAGUUGGAAUUAGGCAUUGUUGUAGAGAUUCUUUUGGAGGCUUUUAGCAUAUUACAUCCCUGUUGUUUUAUUCAAUCUGGGAUUUCCCCUUCUUUGACACAACCUGCAAUAUAUGUGAGGACUGAUCUGCUAUUGGUUUCCUGGAGGACUAGCUGUUCCGCCUACUAAUAUGCCAUGGCACCUCAAUGAACCUGACUCGUCUGAUGCCUGAAGAAUGUCCUUUUCUUUAUCAGUUCAGACAUGCUUGCCAUUAGGCUUUCACUUUGAAAACACUCUUUGGCCAAGAUUUAAUCUUGUUCCUGUUCAGAUAUGCAACGGCCAAACUGGGGUAGAGACACAUAAACCCAGAUACAUGCAGAUCCAUUCACACUGCACUUCUCUGGACUGGGGCGUAGUCCGUUAGUGUAGUUUGCAGUUGAGUGUCCUUAGUCAGGAUGACGUCAAGCAUUACCAAAUAGAAUCCGUUGGUCCUUUUGAGGUAGAUUUCCCUUAUCCAGCAAUCUAACAAUCUAUCUCUCUCCCUCUCUCUCACGCUGCAUUUUGUGCACAUUUGCACAUAUCUGCCUAGUUAUUGUGUUAACACAUCAUGGAUGGGAUCGGAGCAUCCCUGAUGUUCUUUCUGGAUUCAUUCAUUGAUUAAUUACGUGAAUAUGCUCAAUUAAAGUAAUUAAUCUUAUCUCCUCUGGUUUAAGACUGGGUGGGAUUCAUGUAAAAGCAAAAAAUAAAAAAUAAUUCUCAGCAAAACAGAAAAAUUCUCUGGAAAAUUACAGAAUUAUAACAAAAGAAUGAUCAGUUAAAGGUUGUGGCAAAAAAAUGUUACAAUAUGAGAAGACAUGUAUGAAGAACACACAUGUAGGACCAGGAUGUAAAACCAGCUUCCUGCCUUUUCUUCUCAGUGCUGGUUCAUUAUCAGGAAAUUCAGGAAGUUCACUAUGGUCCACAGAGAGUCUGACAGGGAAUUUAGAUCCCAAAGGAAGUGGGGAAGGCAAAAUAGGGAGGGAAGGGGAUAAUGGAUGUUUAGUUGUCAAACAAGAAGGAUGAGCCCAUCAUCAUUUCACUUAAAUAUGGCCUGUGGGUGCCCUGACUCACAUAAACACUUCAACCACAGCUGCAGAGGACCUCAAAGUCUAUCUUCAUCUCCAUAAAUGUCUUCACAAAAAUAAUAUUAUCUUUAACCCUUAAAGGAGUACCGUCACACUGGUGUGACGGGAAUGUUGAUAAAUGAACGUUCUAAAGAAUAUCUGGGUUCAUUGAAUUCAACAUAGAAUUUUAGAACCUUCAAUUGUUGCGGAACUUAGAACGUUCAAAAACCUACACCUUUAAGGGUUAAUAGUGACUUGUCAUUCUUGUCAUCCCACUACUUACACUAACACACACACACCACAACACAGCACAGCACAGCACACAGCACAAAACAACAUAUUUUCAGGGUAUUAAUUACAAAAUGAUUCGUAAUCAAGUUAGGAUGUACUGUUUGGUCAGACCAAUGACCAGAUCUCUGGGAUCCCCGAGGGAUUUAUUUCCAGGACUUUGAGUACCCUUUCUUAAGAGGUUACGGUAGCUUCUUUUUGUGGACUCUGACCUCACUGUAUAUGUAUUUCUGUCGGUCGUUACCCAGUAUUCAGAAUCUUUUAUCUUCCUUCUUCAUCUGCUGCAGCAAAAUAACAGUGUUGGCUAAAGCUGUAUCUAUUUUAAGAUAUGGUUGAAACUAUGUAUUUGUAGUUCUUGAUCUGUGCUAAUGUUUUGAUUGGCAAUAAAUAGAAAUACUUGA